AUGAACCUGCCGCCGCCGCCGCCGCCCCCCGCGUGCCGCCCCCAGCGCCACCGUCAGCCUCCACCCGAGACACCAGACAGCCACACGCGGCAGCCGCCCAGACAGGACCAGCUUCCGGCCCCGGCCACUGGCUGCGGCGCGCCGCCUUCUGCCGACAGCCGGACAGUGUCUGGCAGCCAGCAGGUGCGGCCCCCCGCCUGUAGGCUGAUCCGCCGCCUGCUCAUUACGGAGCCGUGCUGCCGCGCUGCGCUCAAGAAGAAGAGCAGAGCCCCAGAAGCCGCGCCCGGCAGUGCUGUGCUGUGCAGGCAAUUAGGGCGCCGCUGCAGGCGGCCUGGCGGCCGGGCAGCGCCGCUAACGAGGCGCCGAUUGGGCGCGCGUAAUGAGCCGGCCGCCAAUUACACGCCGGCGCCGCUCGCCGGUCUCGCAGCCAGACUUAGAGGCCAGGCCAGACACUGUGUCCUCGCCCGGUCCUCGCCCGCCACGUACACGCGCCCCAGGAGACGCUCCAGCCGCGAACCACCUCACGGCCGCGUCUUCACCUCCACACACACCAGCCAACAGCAAACGCCACUAGCAUAA